AUGAGAGUUCAGUUAGGAGAUAACGUAUCGAAUGCAGCUUUCUCAAAGUUACUGCUUCAAAUUGGCGAUGGAGAUUUUCCUUCAGAAGAGAACCUGAUUCUUAUUCCAACUGCUUUGACUUCUGUUGUUAAUACUUUACCUGAACUUAUUGCUAAAAUAUAUCGAGACGUCAAAAGUUUGCAAGAAAAAUCUACCACUUGGUUAUGCGAACGUGCCAUUUUGACACCAAAAAAGUAA